AAUUGUAGUUUGCACAUGGAGCCACUUGUGUUUUGAGAAAGUGGCCAGCACUUCCCCUCCCUCCAACUUAAAUACCCUAUCUUCCCCACCUCCUUUCCUUGCUCACCUUCUCAUUUCUCUCUCCCUACUUCUCCGGCCCCGCACUAAUUUUUGUUCAUAGAAAAUGGGAACGGCUUGUCUUUAAUUUGGAAGCUUCACUGAAUCUAGCAAGGGAAGAGGCGAUCUAUAUAAUGAUGGACUAGACAAGAACAGGUCGCACACAUUCUUUGAUUCCCCCAAAUUUCCUGUGGUAGUUCCUUCUCAGAAUCACAGGAUUCACUUCGAAGUUCUACCAAUCCCUGCGUCUGCUCUCUCCGGGAGAGUCAAGGGGGAAAAUUCCGAUUUUGCAUAGCUACUAGCUACAGGAGAUAUGGGUUCUGUAAAUCUGAGUACAUGGGUUCAAACAUGUUCCAUGUUUAACCAUGUCCGCAGAUCUGGAUCUCCAACCUUAGACUUGCUCCACCCUCUGAGGAGCAAUCCCAUUUCGCUCAUGUCCCCAAGAACAGAACGACCCAUCUCUUCUUCUUCUUCUUCUUCUCGUGUCAUGGUCUCAGCGGUUAUAACGAAAGAAGAUACAGUGAAAGGAGACACCCCAGAAGAGGAAAAGCCUCAGGUAGACUCUUCGCCUUUUAGUUUCAAGGCUUACAUGGUUCAGAAGGCUAAUUCGGUGAAUCAAGCAUUGGAUGCCGCUGUUUCGCUCAGAGAACCCCUUCAGAUCCACGAAUCCAUGCGCUACUCUCUCCUCGCCGGCGGCAAGCGCGUGCGCCCCGUCCUCUGCAUCGCCGCCUGCGAGCUCGUUGGCGGCCGCGAGUCCACGGCAAUGCCCGCCGCCUGCGCAGUCGAGAUGAUCCACACCAUGUCCUUGAUUCACGAUGACCUCCCCUGCAUGGACAACGACGAUCUCCGGAGAGGAAAGCCCACUAACCACAAGAUUUUCGGCGAGGACGUCGCGGUUCUCGCUGGCGAUGCCCUCCUCGCCUUCGCGUUCGAGCACGUUGCCACGGCCACCGCCGGCGUACCUCCGGCGAGGAUUAUUCGAGCAGUUGGGGAACUAGCGAAAUAUAUUGGUUCGGAAGGGCUCGUUUCCGGGCAAGUGGUGGACAUAAAUUCUGAGGGAUUAUCCGAUGUGGGUUUGGAACAUCUGGAGUUUAUUCAUGUUCACAAGACGGCGGCAUUGCUGGAGGCGGCGGUGGUUUUGGGUGCGAUUUUGGGAGGUGGGUCUGACGAGAAUGUUGAGAAACUUAGGAAAUUUGCCAGAUGCAUUGGGUUGCUGUUCCAAGUUGUCGACGACAUUCUGGAUGUUACUAAAUCUUCAUAUGAAUUGGGGAAGACGGCCGGCAAGGAUUUGGUAGCUGAUAAGGUUACGUAUCCGAAGCUGAUGGGUAUUGAGAAAUCGAGGGAGUUAGCUAAAAAAUUGAACAAGGAUGCUCAGGAUCAGCUCUCCGGGUUUGAUCCCGAGAAGGCUGCUCCCUUGAUUGCUCUGGCGAAUUACAUUGCUUACAGACAAAACUGAUGUGUUUUGGCGUUCUAGAUCUGAUUGUAUGUUCAGGAGAAUUUAUAUACGUAAAGGAAGCAUACUUUAGAGUGAAUUUAAGAAUUGAAUGAUUCAAUGGGAGAAACAGCUUGUAAGGAAUAUGGAAAAUUCUUGAGCAGAUAUUUCACAAAUUAUUGUUUUCCUUCUGCUUCAAA